GCGGAUUAUUCAGUCUCGACACUUGUCUCCCGAUAUUACGUCUCUUUUGUGUCUCUGUUGAUGGCCGAAUAUCAGCAGCGUGGCGGAAUAUGCGUCGGUACUCCGAGCUUCCCGCCGAAAUCGUCGAUUAGUCAACGAUUGACGCAAUUGACAAGUCUGCGUUCCGCAACUCUCUACAAAAAAUUCACUUUCUUAAAUCUAGUUGGCGUUACUAUAUAGGGUGCGUUCGAAAAUUCUACUAGUAGAGUAGAUAGAAUUUAAUUGACCAAUAAAAACACAGAAGUCUUUGCUCUUUUUAUACUUGAUUUCCGAACAUACCCGUUUAUAAUUCAAACCACAAACCACAACCUACCACCUGCCACAACCUGUCAUAUACCAGUCAUAUACACAGUCAUAUUAUACUAUAUACUCUUUCAGUUAAACGCACUCUUCGAAAAAAAAAGGAAAAGAAAAAAAGAGCUUGUGAUAAGAUAUGUACAUUAAUUUGAAUAAUCUUAAAAAUAUCUAAUUUAAUAUACAUAUAUAGAAAAAAACAAUUACAAACCGCGCACAAUGCCAAUUACCGAGAGGACGGCGAAUUCCGAAUCAUUAUUACAGUUUCGUUGCAUAUGUUUUUACUUAAUACUCAGUUCUAUCAUAGACAUACGAUUUUGGCAGCAAUACCACAGGAAUUGGUAAAUUUAAAUAAUAUCGCGAAAUCAAUUAAACGGCUAUCCAAUUAUGAAUACGGAAUACGACGAGGAUUUGUCGGAGAAUCGAUUUCUGCAGGAGCUCAGAAAUGAAUAUAAAGCUACAUUCCAACGGGUUAUCCAGGAAGGUUGGAUUAUCUGUGUUCCACGGAUUGGAAGCUUCUCGAGUCGCGAAUUACGAGAGGACGAAGUUAACGCUCAUAUCCUGAUCUCCAAGCAGGACUUCUCUGCCGCUCGAUUUGAUAGUCUGAACGGCAGGGAAGUCCUGCUCGUGGACAGAGUCUUGACUGUCAAGUACGAUGACGGCAAACAAAAUUCCACACGCUUGCUUUUCGAAGAAAUCUUUUACAGUGACGAUUCGCAUAAAUAUUGUAUAUGGUGUAUAGAACAACCCUUGGAUGCUAAUAUGUGUGUCUCAGGCAACUAUGUGAAUGUAAUUACAAGUCUCCAGGAAGCUGUAAAUUUUCUGCAAGUGGAACUACUUGAUAAACAGCUCCAUGAUAACUUUGAAACCAAAAUCAAAGAUUUUUUAUAUGUCAACAAAAAUUUAGACCGUAAACCAAUGGAAGUGCAGAGAGAUCUAGUACACGAAUUGUAUACGGAUUGUCUCAAAAUGUUACUGGAAAAUGCAGCAUUGAAAGAAAAGGUCUCAGGUAGUAAACAGUAUUAUUGGAACAUUAGAGUAUCGCUAGAAACAUAUAUUCUAUAUGCUUUAAGAGAGGUACUGCUAAGAUCAUUAUCCACUUGUACCGCUGUAGAAGAUGCGUACUUGAACAAAAUUAUCAGGAAUUUAGAUGGGAUCCUAUUGAGCGAUCUUCGAAUACGAUCGGACUUGGAAUCUCGCGUCCAUGGAGGAAAGAUGGAACUAUCACGGUUAGAUUGCUAUGUAACUGCGUUGGGUAAAAUCGAAUGUCUCAGAAGAACUGUGAAUUACGUUUCGCGUGGAACGUCCACCGUCUCGUGCGAUGAUCUUCUACCGAUACUUGUGUUUCUCGUUGUUAAUGUCGGUCUAUCGAACUGGAUGGCGCAAUUAUUCUUCAUGAGGCAAUUCCGUCUUUCCACAAACUCUGCUUACGAAGCGGACGAAACCUGUUUUCUGGUAACAUCGCUGGAGGCUGCGAUCGAGCACAUCAAGUCCGGAGUAAUCUGCGAAGGCGACAAGUACGCAAUUAAUUCGGAUAAAUACAGUCAAUUGAUAGACGAAUCGGAUUGCUCGUCUGUCAAUUAUUUGUUUGCAUGUGUUAAGAACGGCAAUCUAUCCGAAGUGGAGAGAAUACUGACCUACGAGAGAUCCAACCAAGACGAUGAGGUCUCGCUUUGUCAUCCUUUAUGCACCUGUGCGUCCUGCGAGCGAUAUUGGACGAAUCAUCGAGAGCUAAGUGCGUGUCCCAGGGACGACAGAGGUCUAACUUCGUUACACAUCGCGGUACUGUACGAUCAAAUAAUGAUCGUGGACUUUUUUCUCGACCGUGGUACAGAUAUAAAUGUCGCCGAUUCGGAUGGUCUAACGCCUCUUCAUUACGCCUGCAUCAAGGGCCACCAAAAUAUUUUGCUGCUGAUGCUACAUGCCAAUGCGAAUCUCACAGUGGCGGACUCGCAAGGAAAUACACCGCUGCAUUUGGCCGUGGACCGCGGUCACGAGAGCUGCGUAAAAGCGUUGCUAUACCUGUCAGAACACAUGAAGGUAUCGGUUAACGCAAAUGUCACCAACGACAACGGCGACACGCCGUUGCAUCUCGCGGCCAAGUGGGGCUACUGCGCGAUCGUUGGCAUCCUCUUAGAAUACGGCGCAAACAGCAGAUUAACCAAUAGGAAAGGUCAAACACCGCUGACCACUACGUACAGCGAGAGUAUUGCCGAGUUACUCAGACGCUAUGCAACAUCUGCGAACGACAUUCGCAACAAUACUGCUUUGUCCCAGAAAAAAUACGCAACCCUCGUGCAAUCUCAUCAGUCAAUAUGGUUUCAGGAUCAACGUUGGGCUACGUUGGACAACUUGGAGAGCUUACCAACGUCGCAUCCCAAGAGCUCUGCUAAUGCACAGCAUCGUAUGAUGGACAAAUUGCUUGCCGCCAUAAUCGACGGUGAUAUAUGCUUAGCGUGCUACUACCUGGGAUUGGAGGUUUAUCGAAGCGAGCGACUGCCGGGCUCUCGCGCGAUUCUGUACCAUCAUCCAUUGUGCGACUGCGAGCGUUGUUCGGCGCUCGGCGAGCGCAAAUUCCAGCGCGAGCGAAGGCAACGGGUUCUUGCGAUCAACGCUUGCAACAAUUUGGGCGAGACGGCGUUGCAUGUGGCGAGUGCGACCGGUCGCGUUGAAAUGGUGCAGCUACUCCUGGACGCUGGCGCAAAUGUGAACGCGAUAACUAAGUCGGAGAGUCGCACUCCGUUACACCUAGCGUGUCUCAACGAUCGCGUCGACGCGGCGAAGCUAUUGCUCCACUGCGGGACCUGCGAUUUAGACGUUAAGGAUCACAACGGCGACACGUCAUUGCAUCUGGCGACCAUAGCCGGCAGCGUGAAACUCGUGAAUCUGUUGGUGAGAUAUGGUGCAAACACCAAUGUUCGCAAUGUCCAAAACAAGUCGCCGCUACGGCAGGCGGAAGAGUUGCAGCUAUCCGUUGUCUUCUCCACAAAUCAUGCCAGUAUACUGAAGAUUCUGAAACAAAAUACUCAACCAGCUGGCGAUUAGUAUAAAUCAUCCUGCUUUUUUAUAUGUCUGUGUUUUAUUUACCUCAUAAAUAAUUUAACUAACAUAUAUAGCACAAGCUGUCAUACUAUAUAAUGUGAUUCAAUACUGAGCAUAUUAAUAUAAAAUGAUAUAUAAUAAAUAUUAUAAUAGUAAUACUAUAAUAGUAAUAUUGUAAUAGAACGCAAGUGUGUAUUAUAUUAUAUAAUAUAAUAAAACUGUGUGUGUGUACAAAAUAUAAUAUAACAGCGAAAGCGAUUGCGUCCAAUACUCGAUAUAUGCAUAAUAAAAUGUCUGUGUGUUUUAUUGUAUAAUAAUGAAAAUGAUUGCGUUUGCGUGCGUGCGUGUGUGUGUGUGCAAAACGUAGUUAACAGCAAAAGCGAUCAAUCCAUUUUUAUUCACGAAUGUAUAUAAGUCAUAUUAUUUUUAGUAUUUGUGAAUAAUUCCAAUUUAGUGUUCAAUGCAUAUUAUGUAACGAAAAUAUCUUUAUUUCAUAUAUAUUGCAUUAGAUACACAGGAUGUCUUUAUUUUACAUAUACUUCUAUUGAUAUCCAAUAGGAGUUAAUAUAUUUUUUAAGACUUUCUAGCGCUAUUUUUAUUUCUAAAUAAUUUUAUUUUAUUAUUCGAUGAAACGCCGACGAUAAAACACAAAAUGAAAAAGAGAUAUGUAUAACGCUAUAUAUUUAUAAGAGAAUUGUGAUACUAUUCUGUAAUAUAUAUUUUGCCAUUUUUAAAAAUCUGAUGAACUGUAUUAAUAAUACAAAAUGCAUAUGUCUUCUAAUUGAACAUACCCAUCUAUUCCUAUCUACCUACACAUCUUGUCGUGCACACGUCCUUUUCCUUUUAUAUAUUUUCUUGAUACAUUUUUGCCGAUUUUUCGUUCUUUGAAUUU